GUUAUUUUGACCGUUGUGCAGUGUGUAACAAAGAUCAAAACUUUGACGUUUUGACACAAAAGGGAUACUGUAUAAACAAGCACAGUCUAGCAGCGGAAAUGUAUGGAGGACAACAAGGAGAAAGACGUGUUUUUUCAGAGACAUUUUCUGAUGAUUCUCUUGGUGAAUCGACUCGCUCGUUGCUUUCUCCAGUUUAUGGUAAUGGCGGUCAAAUUGAAGAACCAGAAUUAUCUGAAGGUUCUUUGAGCGGUGACGAGGAGACAGACGACGAAAAAGAGUAUAGCCUCGAAUUCGAGAGAUCUCACAGCACACCGAAGAACAAGACCAAAACAUCCAGGAGUUACACGACUCCGAUUUCAUCAUUUUCAGGACGAAAAAAAUCAGUCAGUAAAAAUACCAGAUCUGUAUCGAGAUCAAAUACAGAUGGCCGCACAGCUAAUAGCUCUAAAACAGUCGAAAACAAAACCGACUGCCUUUCACCAUGGGAAACCUGGCUUGUGAAAAAGACAGCUGAAGAUCGUGAGAAGAUGAAACAGAAAAGACUUGAAAAAAAGAAAGCACGAGAGGAAACUGAAAAGGAGAAACGAGACAGAGAAGAACUUUUGAAAAUUGCAAGCGAGAAGUACAAUGAAUGGUUAGAAAGCAAAAAGAAGUCAAUUGCUGAGGAAAGGAGAAUAAAACAACAGCAAGAAAAGUUGGAAAUGGUAAAGAACGAGAAUUUAAACCGCUCAACUCAAGAGAAAGCAGUAGUGAAAUACAACAACUGGCUGGAAGAAAAGAAAACACAGGAAAAUGAGAAAAAAAGAAAAGAGGAGGAAGAAGCAAGAAUAAAGAAAGACAAAGAAGUGACAAGGAAACUGAAUAAUGAGGAAGCUUAUGGCAAGUGGAUUGCAGAAGUAAAGGAAAGACCUAGACCUGUUUAUAACAGCUUUGGUUAUACAGGAGGGAUGUUGACAGGGUAUUACGAGUGGGGGUCAUAUCCUGCACCAAGUUAUUGUAAUCCUAUUCCUUGGAUGCCACCAAAAAUAAAAAGAAGCAGUGACAGAAUAAAAGGCAAGGUGGAACUGCAGCCCCCAUCUCCACCUCUCCUCUUCAGAGACAUUGAAAACAGGAAAGCUAAGGGGAAGAAGAAAUGACUGCUGGGAAAUGUUAGCUGUUAUUUAAAUUCAAGAAAGUUUUUCUUUGCCUAGACCGCAUAAAAUUCAUCAUUUUCUGAUAGGACAUGCCUGAUAGCUGAAGUUAUUAUUAAAUAAUUUGUAAGAUUGUAUUUGUCAAAUUUGAUAUUUAUUUACCAAUCAUAUUUUUGUAAUUAAACACCCAUCCCCAGAAAGACAGCAGGUUGCCUAUGUUGGUCCAGUGGAAUAAAUGAAUGGUCUGCACAACAACUGCUUUAGUUGAGUUUUGGUGUGUUAUUUCUACAGGUUUGCACACCACUUAUGCCCACACUGCAAAAUAUUGGUCAAUUUGAAUUGGGCAGCUGAAGUUCGUUAUUAUUCAAUGCAUGUGGCAUACAUCACAAGCUCAAGAAGUGUAAUUUCUUCAACAUUUUAUGAAGUAAAUAGAAACCUUGCUCCACAAGCAUUGUUAAAACACUUGGGAACCCUGAGAAAUGCAAGAAGCAGUUGGAUGUGCCUUCUGCUUGUCCAUGGAUUUCUCUUGUCUAUUUUAGACUUUGGGCAGUCCCUCUUCAGCUUGGUCCUGACUCCAUCGAGCCUGACACAAAAUUGAGUGAGAGAAAAAUUGUCUGAGCUGCUCACCCGCCAUGUUUCUUGCCACCAAUAAUUUUCCUUGCCCUUUCUUCUCACAUCACUCUCAACAGACUGUGUGAAGAGGGGUUGCUUGUAGUCUACAUGUUCGUAAAUUCCCUCAAUAAAAUUAGUUACAUGAAACAGACAAACAGAAAUAGAACAGAGUAACUAUUUUAAUUAACAUGGUUUGGUAUAAUUUGGACAUAAAUGACUUUAUUAUUACAUGAGGUCUUAAAAGAGAUUCAACUAGUAUCACUGAAGCUAAAAUCCUGCAACACAGAGCUGUUUGUAUCUAGCUACUGAACAGAAAGUGCACACUUAUAGACUGAGAUCAGUCUCUUAAUUUUCUCCAGAACUGUAAGUUAGAAUAAGUGUGAAAACAGUGCCAUCACUCAAGCAGCAUCUCCCUGAGCCUGCUCUACAGAGCAAAAUGAGUCUCUUCUUUUUUCUUUCUCAAAUCAUUCAAGAAC